UCGGUCAUGAUGGCGACUCUGGGGAUUGUGGUUGCUGUUGCUGUGUUUCUGGAGACGGUCUCUGCGGCCUCUCUCGGAGUGGUGUACACAGAGGGAGGCAUGGUGCAGGGUGAAAACAUUCGUCUUGGCUUCCGCCGUCACAUGGAUGUCUUCAGGGGGAUUCCCUUUGCUGAUAUCCCUGGAAGGUUUGAGAAACCAAAGCGUCACCCUGGCUGGGAUGGUAUUAUGAAGACCACUGAGUACAGACAGAGGUGCCUUCAGGUGAACCUUCUCAUGUCUGACACCAGAGGCAGUGAGGAUUGUCUUUAUCUUAACAUCUGGGUUCCUCACGGCCGCUCAGUGUCCACUGAUCUGCCCGUCAUGGUCUGGAUCUACGGAGGAGGCUUCCUGGCUGGAGGCUCAAUGGGUGCUAAUUUCCUUGAUAACUAUCUGUACAGCGGACAGGAGAUCGCAGACAGAGGUGAUGUUAUUGUGGUGACGCUGGGGUACCGUGUGGGAACUCUGGGCUUCCUGAGCACUGGAGACUCCAGUAUGCCUGGAAAUUAUGGUCUGUGGGACCAGCAGGCUGCCAUCGCCUGGGUGCACAGAAACAUCCGUUCAUUUGGAGGAGACCCUGACAACAUCACCAUCUUUGGAGAGUCUGCAGGUGGAGCUAGUGUUAGCUUCCAGACUCUUACUCCCCACAACAAAGGACUGUUCAAGAGAGCCAUCUCCCAGAGUGGAGUUGCCCUUUGCCCUUGGGGUAUCAACAAAAACCCCCGCAGGUUCGCUGAGGAGAUUGCAUUGAAGGUCAAAUGCCCCACUGAUGAAAAUAUGGUUGCCUGUUUGAAGAUGACUGAUCCCGCGCAACUAACACUGGCAGGUUCCCUCGAUGUAUCCAGCUCUCCUGAUCACCCCAUUGUAACCAACCUGCUCCUGUCUCCCGUGGUCGAUGGGGACUUUUUGCCGGAUGAGCCUUACAACCUCUUCCACAAUGCGGCCGACAUUGACUACAUUGCUGGAGUCAAUGACAUGGACGGGCAUGUCUUCACUGCUUUGGAUGUUCCAUCAAUCAACUCUCACCUGGUGAACACCCCGAUAGGGGAUGUGAAGAGACUCUUGGCUUCCUACACUAAGGAGAAGGGCACAGCUGGUUUGGAAAACGCCUACUCCACAUACACCUCAACCUGGGGAGCGAAUCCCAACAAGGAGACCAUCAAGAAAACCGUUGUGGAGAUUGGAACAGACUACAUUUUCCUGGUUCCUACACAGGCUGCACUUUACCUUCAUGCUUCCAACGCCACAACUGGACGCACCUACUCCUACCUCUUCUCUGAGCCCAACCGCCUGGGUGGCAUCGGCAGGCCCUACCCCAGCUGGGUGGGAGCUGACCACGCUGACGACCUGCAGUACGUGUUUGGAAAGCCUUUCAGCUCACCACUGGGGUACUGGCCUCGCUAUCGUGACCUCUCUGGCUACAUGAUUGCCUACUGGACCAACUUUGCCAAAACUGGAGAUCCCAACAAAGGAGACCUGAAGGUGCCCGCCACAUGGCCCAAAUUCACCACCACUGGACACCAGUAUCUGGAGAUCCAUCAUGAAAUGAACAAAAACUAUGUGAGACAGAAGAUGAGGCUGCGUUAUGUGCAUUUCUGGACCAGUGUCCUGCCCAAUCUUCCCACAGUGUUCUCAGAAUAA